UCGCUCGCUCUCCAGAUGCUUCCCUGCCCACAGACCCACAGCGCCCAGCGGCCUCUUUAUGUGGGAUAGUAGUAAUUGUACUAGUACUCCUCCGGACCUGAGCUGCAUUGCAUAUUUGCUUUGCUCCCCUUCCACGACUUUAGCCAUCUUGGCUUGCAAGGUGAGAAGAGCAGAUCGAUCGAGCUGAGAGCUGGUCUCAGGUGUGUGUUGCGUGAGUGUGUUCGAAGACGAACGAUGAAGACCCGCCGGGCCGCGCUGCUAAUGCUUCUCCUCCUGGUGGUGGUGGCGGCCGCCUCGUGGCCGCAGCCUUGCGACGCUGCUUCAGGGUUCUGCGGGAGCAAGUGCGCGGUGCGGUGCGGGAGGGGGAGGGGGCGGGGGAGCGGGUGCCUGAGGUCGUGCGGGCUGUGCUGCGAGGAGUGCAACUGCGUGCCCACGGGGAGUGGGUCGACGCGCGACGAGUGCCCCUGCUACCGCGACAUGCUCACCGCCGGCCCCAGGAAGAGGCCCAAGUGCCCCUGAAUCCUCCCCAUCCAUCUCCAUCUCAUCGAUUACCAUCAACUUCAUCUCAUUUUCUUGUACUUGAAAUUAGCUACUAGUACGUGGUUGUGUAUACGUCGCAGGUGUGUAUGUAUGUAUGUAUAUAUAUGCGUAUGUUGUCAUGCUGCGUAGUUAUAGUUAGUAGUCCUACCUACUCCAGUACGUACGUGUUGAUGCCUGUUAAUAUGGCUGUAUGGCUAGCUAAGCUGUGUGCCUGUGUCGAUUUGUAAAGUUGUACUAGUAGGUAGUUGUACUACUUGCAGCGCACGUACUGUUUGUUUGUCUGUUGUUAAAUUUCGUGUUAACUAUGAACAGGGGAUAUGCCGUAUGCGCUUUACCUGAGGAAAAAAAAUGAAUGAAAUGCUACUUUUUAGUUUUUA